AUGGCUGUCCCGAGUAGCAAGUUGUUUCUAAUGGCCUCCAUCUUUAUUCUCGGAGCUUUGGCUUCUCGAGCCAUGGCGCGAUAUACCCCUGACGAGGCUUCCAUGCGCCUUAGGCACGAGCAGUGGAUGACUCGUUACGGACGAGUUUACGGGAGUUCGCACGAGAAGGAGAUACGAUACCAGAUAUUCAAAGACAAUGCGGCUCUAGUCGACUCGUUCAAUGCUGCUGGAGACAAGCCUUACAGGCUAGGAACCAACCAGUUUGCGGAUUUGACGAACGAGGAGUUCAGAACGACCAGGUGCAGGUUCAAGGGUCACAUGUGUUCCCCACAGCAAGGAACAUUUCGGUACGAAAAUGUGAGCGAGGUGCCGACCACCAUGGACUGGAGGAAGAAGGGAGCCGUCACUCCGAUCAAAGACCAAGGGCAGUGCGGAAGCUGUUGGGCGUUUUCGGCUGUGGGAGCGAUGGAAGGAAUCACUCAGCUCAGUACGGGCAAGCUGGUGUCUCUUUCGGAGCAGGAGCUUGUUGAUUGA